AUGGGCCGGAAGUAUUCUCCAUCAUACGCAGACAUCUACCUGGCCCAUUGGGAGGAAGCAGCUUUCCACAAACUCACCAUCAAACCUCUGCUUUACUUCCGGUACUUGGACGACAUCUUCGGCCUUUGGGACAACACCGAACAGACCUUUUUGACUUUUCUGGACAUCCUCAACUCGCAUCACCCUAAAAUAAAACUCAAACAUAACCUACAGCCCGUUACAGUGGAGUUCCUGGACACACAGGUCUUCUUCCGCACCUCGUACGACCGGACCAAAACACUAGCCACCAAAGUUUAUUUCAAGGACACCGACCGCCAUGCACUUCUCCAUAAGACCAGCUAUCACCCCAAACACACGUACAGAGGCCUCAUUAAGUCCCAGCUGAUACGCUUCCACAGGAUUUGCACCUUCCCGGAGCAUGUGGAGGAGGCCACUAGUACACUUUUUGGUGCGAUGAGGUUGAGGGGUUACUCGAGGCGCUUCCUUAGAGGUAUAAAGGCGGAGGUCAUCGGCAAGUUUACAAAGAAAACCAAAACCAUCAUCCAGGCGCCCAAUUCCGCCCUCAAGCCUUGUGUGUGUGUUUGUCAGCUGGAGGCUCAGCUGGACGAUUCGAAGGCCGAGGCCUCGAAGGAGAAGAAGCUGAGAGAGCACAGUGAGGUCUACUCCAAACAGCUGGAGACAGAGCUGGAGAACCUGAAGUCCCAGCAGGGUCUGGGUCCAGCGGCUGGGGGGGCGGAGCCUCAGCAGGAAGUGACCCGUCUGAAGGCAGAGCUCGAUAAGAGGGUCCUGUUCUACGAGGAAGAACUGGUCCGCAGGGACUCGGCCCACUCCUCAGAGAUCAAAAACCUCCGCAAAGACCUGCACGAGUCUGAGGGGGCCCAGCUCGCCGCCAACAAGGAACUGCUGCAGCUCCGGGACCGGCUGGACAAAGACAAGAGGGACAGACAAACCGAGAUGGAUGAAGCUGUUUCUGCUCUGAAGGAGAAAUCUGAACGAGAGAAAAACCUGCUGACGGAGGAGAACCGCAAACUGACGGCCGAAACCGACAAGCUGUGUUCGUUUGUGGAUAAACUGACGGCCCAGAACCGCCAGCUGGAGGACGAGCUGCAGGACCUGUCCUCUAAGAAGGAGAGCGUUGCUCACUGGGAGGCUCAGAUCGCAGAGAUCAUCCAGUGGGUGAGCGAUGAGAAGGAUGCUCGAGGAUACCUUCAGGCUCUGGCCACCAAGAUGACCGAGGAGCUGGAAACUCUGCGCUGCUCCAGCCUGGGAACAAGACCUCUGCCUGACUCAGGACUGGCCACGCCUCCUAAGAAGCCCUGGCCUCCUAUUGGUGGAGACAGGAGGGACCCGCUGUGGAAGGUGCGGCGCAGCCAGAAGUUGGACAUGUCGGCCCGGCUGGAGCUGCAGUCGGCUCUGGACGCUGAGAUCAGAGCCAAACAGCUGAUUCAGGACGAGCUGCGGAGAGUCAAAGCUGCUAACAUCCACCUGGAGAGUAAGCUGAAGGAGUCUGAGGAGAGGAGUGUGGAGAUGUCGGAGCAGAUGGAGAAUCUGAGGAGAGAGAUGGAGGACAGUCGUUCUGAUAAAGGUAUGAAGCUUCCAGACUUCCAGGACUCCAUCUUUGAAUAUUUCAACACGUCUCCUCUGGCUCCAGACCUCACCUUCAGAACCUCAGACAUAGACUCCGCCCCCAUGACGUCCGAGACCACGCCCCCUUCCCCCUCCACCGUCUCCGAACAUGAGGAAGUGAAAGCAGCGUCAGUCCCAGCGAGCCCCUCCCCCCCCUCCCAGCUCUCAGCACUGACCUCACCAAAGUCUGCAGUGUGCUCCUUCGUGUGCCAUGUGACCUGUAAAGACCACGCCCCCCUGGUCUGUCCAAUCCCAGCCGAGCACGCCAAGAGGCCGCAGGGCAUCGACGUCCAGAGAGGCAUCGGCACCGCCUACAAGGGCUACGUCAGGAUCCCGAAGCCCAGCGGCGUGAAGAAGGGCUGGCAGCGAGCCUACGCUUUGGUCUCCGACUGCAAACUCUUUCUCUAUGAUGUCCCCGAGGGAAAGUCCACCCAGCCAGGGGUGGUGGCCAGUCUGGUGCUGGAUCUCAGAGACGAGGAGUUCUCGGUCAGCUCGGUCUUAGCUUCAGAUGUGAUCCACGCCACCAGGAAGGACAUCCCCUGCAUCUUCAGGGUGACCUCGUCCCAGCUGACCUCCCAGCUGUCCUCGGUGUCCCUGCUGGUCCUGGCCGAGAGCGAGGUGGAGAAGAGGAAGUGGGUCCGGAUCCUGGAGGGCCUGCAGAGCAUCCUGACCCAGAACCUGCUGCAGAGCGCCCGCCGGUCCAGUGCCUCGAGGCCUCGGCCUGCGCUGCCCAUCAUUCAAGACCCGCUGUCGCGCCGCGUGCCCGAUCGGGAGAGGAUCGUCCUGGGAACAGAAGAUGGACUGUUUGUGGUCGAGGUCACCAGAGACGUGAUCGUGCGAGCAGCAGACAGUAAGAGGGUCUAUCAGAUCGACCUGAUCCCGAAGGAGAAGAUCGUGGCUCUGCUCUGCGGGAGGAACCGACACGUCCACCUCCACCACUGGGGGGCCCUGGAGGGGGCCGAGGCCGCCUUCGACAUCAAGCUGGCCGAGACCAAAGGCUGCCAGGCCCUGACCACCGGGCUGCUCCGGCCUGGGGGGCCCGCAUGCCUGCUGGCUGCCAUCAAACGCCAGGUCCUGUGCUACGAGGUGUCCCGUGUGAAGCCCUACCAUAAGAAGCUGUGGGAGGUCCAGGCUCCGGGCCAGGCCCAGUGGCUCGGUAUGGUGCGGGACCGGCUCUGCGUGGGCUACCCGUCUGGGUUCGCCCUGCUGGCCCUGCAGGGGGAGUCCUCCCCCAUCAGCCUGGUGAGCCCGGCAGACCCGUCUCUGGCGUUCCUGUCCCCGGCGACGCCGAUGGACGCGCUGCACGCCACCGAGGUGGGCCCGGCAGAACUGCUGCUCUGCUUCAGCCACCUGGGGGUCUACGUGGACGGGCAGGGGCGCAGGUCCAGGACCCAGGAGCUGAUGUGGCCCGCCACGCCGCUAGCAUGCAGCUCCAACUCGUCCCACCUGACCGUCUACAGCGAGUACGGCCUCGACGUCUUCGACAUCCACACGGCCGAGUGGGUCCAGACCAUCUCGCUGCGCAAGAUCAGACCUCUGAAUGUUGAGGGGACCUUGAACCUGCUGAGUUCAGAGCCGCCUCGUCUCAUCUACUUCAGCAACACCUCGUCAGAGGGGGACCUGACCAUCCCCGAGACAUCGGACUACAGCAGGAAGUUGAUGGUUCGAACUCGCAGUAAGAGGAAGUUCCUCUUUAAGGUUCCUGAGGAGGAGCGCCUUCAGCAGAGGAGGGAGAUGCUGAGAGAUCCAGAGCUCAGGUCAAAGAUGAUUUCUAAUCCCACAAACUUCAACCACGUGGCCCACAUGGGACCAGGAGACGGCAUGCAGGUCCUCAUGGACCUCCCUCUGAGUGUGAUGCCUUCGUCUCAGGAAGAGUCCAUUAAAGAUAAGCCCCGCCCACUGUCCAGUAUCUCCCGGCAACAGAGGAGCAAGACGCACAUCACACGCACAGCUUCAGGUACACACACACACACACACACACAGACACACACACACAGACACACCUCUAACCCCAGCAGCCCCCAGCCCCAACUCCCCCACCGCAGCCGGCUGAUGCGGACAGCCUGGAGAUGGACCCCUGAGGCCCCGCCCCCUGAGGCCCCCGCCCCUGAGGCCCCGCCCACCUGA